ACGUCCGAUUCAUUCAGUUCUCUACCAAGAUGGCGGUAUUAACUUGUGUGAUGUAGCAGUGUUCUAAUAUUUGCCACAAUGGCGCAGAUAAGUGCUAAUAAAUCGAAUUCAAGUGUUAUAUCAAGUAUCACAACGGUUGUUUUACAGAAGAAUCAAACUUACAGGUGUAAAUUUUGCUGUUGUAAGACGAUUUGUUACGGUAUCAAGCAACCUGGACGAUUAAGGAAGAGGCACACAUCUCGUUGGCUUGUUUGGUGUCGCAGAGUCAGUGACAGUUGUGUGCAUCAGAAUUUACACUCGAAUUUGAAGAGGAACAGUGACGAUGACAUACUUAAAAAGUGGCAAUUGAGGAGUUAAAAAUGUUAUUUAUUCGGUCAUGACUGCACUUGCCCUUGUUGGUGUAAAUUUUAAAUAGGUUCAUUUAAUCAGCUAUCUGGCAGUGAAGAGUCUGUAAAAAUGGAGCGUGGGGGAAAUUAUUUUAUGCCCAACAAUGGACAAAUUGGAUUUAGCCCGUUGCAUAUGCUUGGGUUGUCUGCUAUACACCCAAAAUCAAUGCAGCAAGGUUUUGUAGAUGUCAGUGUUAAUACUCAUACAGUGGAUAAUAAUUUCUCACUUUUCAAGUGUAAGGACCCAGGUGCUGAAGUUGUAAACAUGAAGAAUAACUUCAUUAACCCAUUUGGCUGUCGUUUACCAGUAGGUAACAGCUUUUCUAAACUGAUUGGUGGUUUUAUAGGCAGUAAAUGUUUGAUAGGUUCAUCUACAGGCAGGGAGAACAAUUUCUGGGGAAGAGUUUUGGAGCAGUACAACAACAUAAUUGGGACUAACAAUAACCUAUAUAUAUCAAUGUCUGCAAUGAAUUCCAAGGAAAGUACAAAAGAAUACAUCAAAGCAGGAGCAGUUGAUGCUGCUUUCUUGUUUUCGCAAAGCUUUCAUCUGUUGAACACAAAUAAUUUAGUUUAUCAAGAGCAGAUAAUGGAUACUACAAAAAAUAUGUCACCUGAAGAUUCCCCAACAUCACCUGUCGAAAUACAGAUACAAGAAAAAGUAACUGCUGAGCCAAAGCAGUCUUAUGCAGAAGUCACGAAAUCACAAGUAGGAAGCAAGAUACCAGGAACUGGAGACCUGGACAGAUGCAGCACAGGUAGUAAAAUAUUGCGGUCUGCUCGGAGGGACCCAGUGAAACUUCGUCAGAAGAAACAGAGCUUAAGCAUCUUGCCAAAUAAUAAUUGGAGGUACAGAGAUCACAAUAAUGAUUUUGGUAAAUACAGGGACAGGGCAGACUAUAGCAGAGAACAUCACAGAAAGCACUGCACACUCUCUCGUGACAAUCAGCAUAAGUCCAUCACUGUAACAGACUCAACCAAAGGUACAGGUACUCCCCAUACACCACAGAAUCAGAAAAUGAAUCACUUGAAAACAAGGCGUGCACAGCAUUCAGCAAGUAAUAGGAAAUUCUCAGGGAAAAGAAGACUAAAUUCCGAUUUAUUAAGUGAUAUAAAAGAAGAUUGCCUUGAUCUUGACAGUGGCUUGAUGGCUUGUGAAAAGAAAGGAUCAUUUAACCACAAGUUGAGUUGUUCUCCAAAUAAAAAAAUGACACCACCCACUGAUCAGAGAUCUCCUUCAGAUCGGUGUGCAAAUUGGCGUUGCCGUCCUUACAGUUUAUGUGAUCCUUGCAAGAUGAAAGAUUCUUAUGCUAAUGAUGUCCCUGACUGCUAUGGGUCACAUACUCAACGAGAGACUGUUACUUUUGAAACUGAACAGAAGGAAAGUGACAAAGAAAACAGUGUUCCUGAAAGACCAGUAACAUCCCUCACAGAAGGGAAGUCUGAUAACGCUUCUGCAAAGCCUGUUGCUUGUUCUGAUUCUUCUCCAACUGAAUAUGAAAUAUUUGUAUCCACAAGGUGCCCAAUGCUAAGGACGAGAAUUUCUUCAGAAUGUUCAAUCGAUAGUGAGGAUAGUUUCGUCAUUAUGUUUGAUGCAGGUGGUGAUGAUUCAUGUGAAGAGACGUCUUCUGAAACAGCUUCUGUAUGCAGUGAUAGUGACAGCAGUGAGAGUGAGGAUGAUGAAGUUUCAAGCAUAAACAGUCAGUGCUUAACCUCUGAAGAACACAUUGAUCCUAAUGAUGACGACGACGUUUACUGCUAUGAUGAUGAUGAUGAUGAUGACGAGGAUGAUGAGAUUGAUUUUAAUGAUGAUGCAGAAAUUGAAGGUCUCAUUUGUGUAUCAAAAACUGAACUGAAAGAGGCAAAUGAACGGUGGAAGAGCGCAUAUGAAGAUAUACCAUCUGCAGAAAAGGAACCUGAAAAGGUCCAGUUUGCAAAAACACCAGAAUUGAAGACAGUUCACAAAAUAAUUGCGUGGGAUUUUGCCUACCGUGCAGCACGCGUUGGACCAUGGGAACUAAUAGCACGUGACCGUAUUCGUUUCCAUAGACGGAUUGAACACAUGAGCAGAAUUCUGAGCCCUGUACUGCAAAAUCAGCACAGAAGUAACAUAUGGGAGAAGUUUCAUAAAGACACAUUAGAUGUCCCGUGAAGCAUUCACACAGCUGUUUUGCGAUUUAAUGAGGAGACACUCACAUUAACGGAUUUGACUUUUAUACCAGAAAGCAUACUCAUGCCCUUGAAACUGUAACUGUUGAAUCUGUUGUGUAAUGACAUGAAGCCAAUGGCUGUAGCUUAUUGUGACCAAAAAGCAAGAAAUUGGGUUACAUAAAUACAAGUGAUUAUAUUAAGCAUUUUUUGUUUUCUUAUUUAGAGUGAACACCAAGGUGGGCAAAUGCAAGUGCAUAUAAUACUUAUUUGUUCUGUGAGAUGUGUUGGGUUCCGUAACACCUAUUUACAUUAAAUACUUUCAUCUCUUACAUUUAUUGCUGUUCUCUAUUGAUGUAACCCAAAUUUAAAUUGUCGUAGGCAGACGUGUGGAUGGUGUAAGAAGUGAUAAUAUGUUAUAAGUGUAAGUUAAUAUUGUGAAUAAGAAUACAUUAUCGGAGACUGUUUCCCCAAAAAAUUUAAAAUAUACACACACACACACACACACACACACACACACACACACACACACACAC